GUGCCCUACGUGAACACCUGGUUUUGGCCCUCCUUUACGCUCGUCGGCACCUCAUCUCUCUUCUUCGGCAUCUACGUCGGCAAGAUCACAAACUCGCACGAGUGGAAGGAGAUCUUCCUGGAUUACUGCCACCACAAGCGGACGUCCUACUC